UAUUUGUUUGAAUUCUCAACCAAAUACAUUUUGAGUACUCUGAAUCCUUGGUUCUCCCAAUGAGCGAGUGACUGCAUUUUCCAAGUAAUUGGCUAUUUUCUGAGUUCCAAUCAAACUCAGAAUUCGCCAACUUCUCUUCUAAUCCAAUUGCCAUAAUCUACAACAAACUGAAAUUUGAAAAACCUUACUAACAUGGCAAUUUGGGUAUUUGGGUAUGGUUCUUUGAUCUCAAAAGCUGGCUUUAACUACGAUGAACGUCUUGUUGGUUUCAUCAAAGGUUAUCGACGUGUCUUCUACCAAGGUUCUACUGACCAUAGAGGAACCCCUGAAUUUCCUGGAAGAACAGUCACACUGGAACCUGCGGAAGGAGAAAUUUGUUGGGGAGCUGCUUACAAGAUCUCAAAAGAAGAAGAUCAAGAAAUUGCUUUAACAUAUCUGGAAGUAAGGGAGAAGCAAUACGAUCGAAAGGAAUAUGUGGAUGUUUUCACUGAGCUUAAUGCUACAACGCCAGCCAUUUCUAGGUCAUUGGUAUAUAUAGCAUCCCCAGACAAGAAAGCUAAUGUAAAUUAUUUAGGUCCUGCAUCUGUUGAAGAGAUUGCAAGGCAAAUAGUUCAAGCUGAAGGUCCUUCUGGACCUAAUAGAGAGUAUCUUUUCCUACUUGAAAAGGCUCUCCUUCAAAUAGGUUCCGAUGACAAGCAUGUUACUGAUCUUGCAAAUGAAGUCAGGCGCAUUAUUUCAGAAGAACACUGAAUGCUUCAUUGUUAUUAGCUUGCACCAGACACUCUGAGACUUUUGAGCAAACCCUUUAUUUAUGAUCCAUUGGAAACUUCAAUUCUUUCAAGAAUGGUAAUGGAGGACAAUAUUUUUCUCUAGUUAUGCCUAUAAAUAUAAUCUUCUAAUGUAAUAAUAUGUUUCUGUCUUGGAUAUGAACAAUGCUAUAUUAGAACCUUAUUACAAUGCAUGCAGCUCAGUGAUUUGCUCUUGUUGGUCCUAAUUACAAAAACAAAAAUCAAUUCUUAAGAAUUCAUUGUUGGAA